AUGAACUCAUUAAACAAGAUCAUCUUUCUAUCGGCAUUCUUGGCAUCAGGGUUCUUGCUCAUUUUAUUAUCAUGUGCGUUAUAUAACAAUUAUAAACCAUUAUGGGUGAUACUAAUAUUCUUGAUUGCUCCAUUGCCAAACAUCAUGGCUCUGUCAAUCGAAAGUUCCAGAGAUACCUUUUUAACUUUCAAUGAUAAUGAAAACAGUGUCACGCCCUUGCAAGAAUUCUGCAAAUCAAGCACUGGGUUCUUGAUUGUAAGUGGUGUUGCCCUUCCCUUGAUGUUUUACCACUGUAAAUUGAUUGAAGUGGGGGCGUUGAUUAUGAGUAUUAUUGGUGGGUUGAUUGUUUAUAUUGACAUUGUUGUGUUUAUAUGGUUCUUUAGUCACGAAGAAGAAGAGAAUGACGAGUUUAACUUUUAG